ACAAGAUUUUUCAUUGGAAAUUCAAAAAUGAGACAAUGCCUUACUGUUGUUGGAAGCUAAAAGUCUUAAAAGGUAUAGUGUAUGGUCAAAGUCUUCGUUUUGAUAAUUUCCUCGAAAUUCAUUUGAGUUGAGCUCAGACAAUAAUCAAUCCUUUCUUUUUAUUCAUCAUUUGACUUGUUCUCUGAAAAUCUGAAAACAAAAUGACUUCAUCAUCAUCUGAACUUGCUCUUCUUUUGCUUUCCUUAUCAUUCAUGCUGCUUGGGGUUGCUGCUUCACAAAGUAAUAAUACAAGAGCAGACGUGUGCGGAAGACAAGCAGGAGGUGAUCUAUGUCCAAAUGGACUGUGUUGCAGUCAAUUUGGGAUGUGUGGCAGCACGUCUGACUACUGCGGAACUGGCUGCCAGAGCCAGUGUAGUGGCAAUGAUAUUGGCAGCAUUAUCACUCAACACCUCUUUAAUCAUAUGCUUAAAUAUCUAAAUGAUUCACGUUGUCCUGGCAAUGGUUUCUACACUUAUAGUGCUUUCAUUAUGGCUGCUCGAUCUUUUAACGGAUUCAGCACAACCGGAGAUCUUACAACCAGAAAGAGGGAACUCGCAGCUUUCUUAGCUCAAACCUCUCAUGAAACAACAGGAGGAUGGCCAAGUGCACCAGAUGGCCCAUAUGCAUGGGGAUAUUGCUUUAUAAGGGAACAAAACAACCUCCAAGAAUAUUGUCUUCCUGGUGUCUGGCCAUGUCCUCGUGGAAGAUUGUAUUAUGGACGAGGACCCUUCCAAUUGGCUUACAACUUCAACUAUGGGCCAGCUGGAAGAGACAUUGGAGUAGACCUAAUAAAUAAUCCAGACCUCGUAGCCACCAACUCGACUAUAUCCUUCAAGACGGCCAUUUGGUUUUGGAUGACCCCGCAAGAAAAUAAACCAUCAAGCCAUAACGUAAUUGUCGGGCAAUGGACACCGUCUGCUGCAGAAAGGGAUGCAGGUUGGCUCCCUGGCUAUGGAGUCAUCACUAACAUAAUCAGUGGUGCGCUAGAAUGCGGUCAUGGUCCUGAUGACAGCGUGGCGGAUAGGAUUGGUUUCUAUCGGAGGUACUGUGACAUAUUAGGUGUAAGCUACGGGAGCAACUUGGAUUGCUAUAACCAAAGGCCUUAUACAAGCGGGCGAUCCCAACGUAGUCCUAGUCAACUGUACGAGAAGUGUCGUGAUGCAGUGUUCAAAUGUGGGAAUAUCUCCAUUGGAUAUCCUUUCUCCGGAGGUGAUCGAGAACCAGAAUGCGGACAUCCUAAUUUGGAGCUUCGCUGUGACGAUUUUACUAAUACUACUAAGAUUGAAAUUGUUGGUAUUAAGUAUAAGGUGUUGGACAUUCAUCAUGAAAGUCGGAUUCUAAGGAUUGCGAGGGAGGACUUCAUCAAGAAUGGCUCUUGUCGUCCUCAAAUUCCAAUUCAAGAUUCGAUCCUGAAUUCUGAGCCGUUUGUUCCCAGUUCUCGGAAUACCAAUCUUACUCUGUUAUAUGAUUGCCAAUCUUCAUCGAGUCUUGGAAUCUUCCCUUGCAAUUCUUCUAAUUACAACAAUGUUUCCAUAACUACAGAUAAUAUCCGUGGAGAUGGAUGUUCAGCUAAUGUUAGAGUUCCUGUUCUUCAAUCUUCCUGGGAAAGAUUUCGAAAUAAAACCUUGGAUUUGGAAGAAGCACUGGAAACAGGAUUCGAGGUGCAAUGGGAGGAGGAUAUGGAAGCCUGCCGGAAGUGCAAUGCUUCGGGUGGAGGCUGUGGUUUUAACGAUUCAAACAAUCAAACAUUCUGCUACUGCCCAUCAGGAUUUGAGAGUUCAUCGGAUCCUAACGAAUGCCAUCGAUCCCAUCUCCCACCAUCUCCAGCCUAUACCAAAAACAACACUAAUACCAAAAACAACAAUAAUACCAAAGGUGGGUCCAAAUCCAAGUUGAAGCUGGCUCCAAUUUUAAUAGGAUUAACAGUUGCUGGAAUUGUAUUGGUUUUUUCCGUUUGCUUCAUUGUCCUAAGGUUCCAAGGAAAAUUAUUAUCGAAUUAUCUCCAAGGAAAUAUUAACGACGAUGCUAGGAUUGAGGCAUUCAUCACAAAGUUUGGUCUUUUUGCUCCAAAGCGAUACUCUUAUAAAGAAAUCAAGAAAAUGACAAAUAAAUUCAAUGAUAAAUUAGGUCAAGGAGGUUUUGGACGUGUAUAUAAAGGAAAACUACCGGAUGGUCAUCUUGUGGCAGUUAAAUUCUUAAGUGAAAUGAAGGGAAAUGGAGAGGAUUUUAUGAAUGAAGUAGCUAGCAUUAGUAGAACUUCACAUGUUAAUAUAGUGACUUUACUUGGUUUUUGCUUUGAAAGAUCAAAGAGAGCUUUGAUCUAUGAAUUCAUGCCCAAAGGAUCAUUGGACAAGUUCAUUUAUGGUCAAGGAUCAGAUAAUCAAAGUCGUCAAUUGGAAUGGGUAACUUUGUAUGACAUUGCACUUGGCAUCGCUAGAGGACUCGAGUACUUGCAUCAAGGUUGUAACACAAGGAUCUUGCACUUUGACAUAAAGCCUCACAAUAUCCUUUUGGAUGAGAAUUUUUGUCCCAAGAUUUCCGAUUUUGGCUUGUCGAAAUUAUGUGAAAGAAAGAAGAGUAUUGUAUCGAUGACAGGUGCUAGAGGAACUGCAGGAUAUAUUGCUCCAGAAGUGUUUUUUCGAAAUCUAGGAGGAGUUUCUAAUAAAUCUGAUGUCUAUAGUUAUGGAAUGAUGGUGCUUGAAAUGGUUGGAGGUAGAAAAAACGUUAAUGUUGAAGCGUCUCGAACUAGUGAAUUAUAUUUUCCGUCAUGGAUUUAUAAGCAUCUAGAUCAAUCUACAAACUCGAAUAUUAAUGAAGAAAUAACAGAAGAGGAAGCAGAAAUAACAAGGAAAUUGAUUGUAGUGAGCCUUUGGUGCAUUCAAACUAAUCCAUUAGAUCGACCGUCAAUGACUAGAGUAUUAGAAAUGUUGCAAGGAAGCCUUCAAUCAUUGGAACUCCCGCCACGACCUACUUAAACAUUUUUGUCAAGUUGAGGAAAUUGUUCAUUAAACAUGUUUUUUUUUUUUUAUUAUUAAACAUGUAGUGUUCGUGAAUUUAAGAGAGUUAUAAAUAUGGGAAAAUGCAAAUAAGGGAAGGCAGAAGAUAUGAGGAUCUAUUUGAUGAUUUCUGAUAGAACCUAUAAUUGAUUAAACAAACAAUCGUUCGAAACGUAACCUGAAAUUUGAUAGGUUUUUUUAGAAUACUUUUUAAUACUACCUGCCAAAUUGGAAAAAUAGCAAA